AUGAAGGAGACCCAUAAGACUUAUCUCGCCCAGAAGGUUAUGCAGUACUACUGUCUCUUCAUCAAGGAUGCCGGUACAACUGCGAGGUUCAACAUCCCUCGCACCAUCAAGAAGCUCACUGCCGUUACUAUUGCACCAGCUCUCAGAUUCCGAUCAACGUCUGCACUUGCAACAUCUUUCGAGUCCCGCCGUCUCCCGUGUCUGUUCCUGAUAUUGCUCGAAGGCCUCUUGAGUAUCAACCCCUCUUUGAGACCCUCAUGCGAGUGCAUAGUGAGCGCUAUCCGAGAAGGACGAUUUGAUCCUGUAGCGCCAUUCAUCCCUCCUUCCAACAAGUCUCUCAUCCCACUGCGACGAAAACCUGACGAAUCUGGGACCGUUCAGAAUGAACAAACACCCCAUGAUGCUUCCCUGACGCCUACAGAACACAAGGAGGAAGAAGUUGCCCAAGCAUUGGAUAGGAAAAGUCCCAUGCUCCGUCUUCCUUCUCCACGUCCCGAUCGUCAGGCUGACGUUGCGAACUUGAUCGUAGAGAAUCUUACUUUCUUAUGCUGGCGAUCACCGAAAAUCGCGUGGGUUAGCACACUGAAAGCCUGCAUCCUUGCUGCGAAGACAUUGUCGGCAGUAUCUAUGUGGCCCUCCCGCCCGGUCCUCCUCGGCAUAACAGGACUUCUUGCCGUUCUAGAUACGAUGUUUGAUGGUCUCGAAGCUUCUUUGGUGCUUUGGGUGCUGCAUUUGGCGAUAAUUCGGUGGUGCUGA